AUGCCACUUCCGCUUGGCAUUCCACCGCGGCAGCCCGGCGGCUCGGAAGGGCUACCGACUGAGUACCUGGGCUUGCCGCCGUUCUUCCUCGAGAUCCUGCGGGAGCUGGCGAGGCACCAGGCCCAGCUGGGCGGCGUGAGGAACUUCGAUGGAUACCCCCAGAUCCGCGGCAAAGCGACAGCAGAGGACUUGAAGGCCCGUUUCACCAACUACGAGUACAUCUUCCUGCAGGUGGUGGGCUUCGCGAGGCUGCAUCAGCACGUCGAUGAGAUAGCGGCGAAGAACAACGGCCAGGGACACGCUACCAACCCAGGCACACAGCAGCUGGAACGCUUUUGCGGCAUGACCAUGCACGGCGACCGGCCUGGCGCCAAUGGGGUCUUGCGCUCGGCGGGUCCCAGCUUGGUGCGGGCCUUUCAGGUCUCUAGGACGACCAGAGGAGGGGCUCUCGAGUUCUUCAAGGUCGCAUUCGACAGAGAGGCAGAUCCGUGCCUAGAGGGGAGGGUGUCGAGGCUGCUCGACUACCUGGAGAAGCACGAGAGCGCCGCUUCCCCCUCGGCGGCGCCCUGGGAGGACGUAUCUCUUCGCCCUCUUGCCGCGUCGGCUACACCCACGGACAUAGUCGGCGAGCAUCUGCGGGUCUUCAUGGGGGAGCGCACGUACGAAUGGGCCCUUGCGAAAGGCCUCAGCUACGAGCAGGCCAAGGACGCUCGGCUGCGGCCAGAGCACGCCGCCGAUUUCGAGCGCACCUUCAACGACGUGACGUUCGCAGCGGCGCUGCGGUCCAAGGGCGUCGUGGCGGACCCGGUCCAGGUCAAGUGGGAGGUGCACUCCCGCAGCGGGGGCAAGUGGAUUCCCUACGACGCCAGCGUCAACGCGGCAAUUAGUGCUGCUGCAGCACGCAGGCAGCCGUCGCUUCAGGUGCAGGUGCGGUCGGGCUCGCACGCACGGAUGUACCAGAUCGACCUGCAGAAGGGGUGUCAGCGGAAUCCGAAGACAGGCACGGAGCACAAGAUCCGGUGCACCAGUGGAGUUUAUGGUCCGCAGUGGGCGGCGCAGAUGGGGGCCGGGGACGAGUGGACGCCGUACGGGGAGUCCACCGCUGCUGCGAUCGAGCAUGCCUUCCAGCGGGGGCAGGAGGCGGUGCAGGUGCAGGUGCAGGUCGGGCCGAGGCCCCAGAGGUACGAGGUUGACCUGCGCAGGAGCUUGCAGGUGAAUCCCGAGACCGGCAAGGAGAGAGCGGUGCGCCGCCUUGUGGAGCCCGCCGACAUGAGGGGCAAGGUCACCCUGGCGCAGGCCACGGAG